AUGGCGAGUCCUUUAUCCAAAAAUCAACACAAGGGGAAAUACCUUCUGGAGUAUGUUUGUCGACAACUGAACUUAGCAGAGAAGGAUUAUUUUGGACUUCGUUAUGUAGAUGCCACACGACAAAGGCACUGGUUAGACCCGGCAAAAUCUGUGAUAAAACAAGUCAAAGAUAUGGAUCCUAUAUUGUUCAGCUUCCGUGUAAAGUUUUAUCCACCAGACCCCUUCAGACUGAAGGAGGAAAUAACUCGAUACCAGAUCUACCUGCAGCUCAAGAGAGAUCUCCUCCAUGGACGCCUGUACUGUACGCCGUCAGAAGCAGCCCUGCUGGCUGCUUAUAUAAUUCAGUCGGAGUUGGGUGAUUAUGAUCCAGAAGAGCAUGAAGAUAAUUAUGUCUCAGACUUCAAACUGUUAUUAAAGCAAACACCAGAAAUUGAGGGAAAGAUAAUGGAGCUGCACCAAACACAACUCAGAGGGCAGACACCAGCACAAACAGAAACCAAUUUUCUGAGGAAAGCCUGCCAGCUGGAUACAUAUGGUGUUGAUCCUCAUCCUGUAAAGGAUCACAGAGGAAACCAGUUAUAUCUUGGGAUAAACCAUUGUGGUAUCUUAACAUUCCAAGGCAGUCGCAAGACACAUCACUUUCGUUGGAGUGAGGUUCAGAAAAUAAAUUAUGAAGGGAAAAUGUUUAUUGUUCACCUUACAUAUAAUGAGGAUCCAAGGACGAAGAAAAAACAUACAGUUGGUUUCAAAUGUCCUACUGGAGCAGCUUGUCGCCAUGUCUGGAGAUGUGCCAUAGAACAGAUGCUUUUUUUUACACUUCCCUCGAGUUCUGAAGCACCUUCAGUGGUGACAGGUGGCAGUUUCUUUUCCUGGGGAACAAAGUUUCGAUACACUGGUCGAGUUGAGAAAGAAAUUCUUGAAGAUUCUGGUCCAUUGAGAAAGGAAGAGCCAUCAAUAAACAGGAAUUUUCGCUCAUCUAGUUUGCGGCGGAAGGCUUCCAGUGUUCCAGCCACUCCUUCAACACCUAUUGGCUCGGAACUGGGGUAUGGAAGUCUCCCAAGAGCCAAUCAUUCUGCACCAACCUCAGAUGCACGACUGGAUGCCAGCGGAAAUAUUUUGUGUGGAUCUGAUGUUCCACUUUCAUCACCUUACUGCACAGACUCUGCACUGCCACUUCUCGAGACUGUUGCUGAAGAUCAAGAAAUAACAGGGAAGCAUCGGUUACAAGCUGAGGAUAUUGAUGCAUUUAUUAAGCAUGAAAAAAACCAGAAUUCACCAUCACGCACUUCUACCACUCAAUGCAUGGUCCCUUGCACUUCCACACCCAAGGGAGACAUUGUUUAUGAAUCAAAUCUGGAUAAAGGGUUUGAAAAACAUCAGAAAGCAACAGAAGAAAAGAAUGUAACUGACGGCAUUAAGGAACCUUCCCAACACAAAUUAGGUCUGAAGGAUGGAGAAAAUGUGCAGCAUGGUUUUGAUGACUAUUACUUCCGUGACUCGUUUGAGCACUCGUCAUCGGAGUCGCAACUAAUGGAGCUCGGUCUCAAGCAGACACACCUGGGUACAACACCCACCAGGACACAACCUCCACCUAUACAAGCACCUCCUACCUCUUCACAGGUGGGACUUGUAUCGGCGCAACAUUCGGGUGGCACUAAUCGUCGAUUCAACAUUUUUCGUGUGUUUGUGCCAUCAUUUCUAGUUGUUGUGGCAUCACUAGUUAUUGGUACUGUGUUUAUACUCGAGCUGGACUGUGAAACAUUUAGCACUCUGCGGCGAUGGCCAGAAAUGGUAGUACUGCGGCAUGAUUAUUAUGAACCUAUGAAGGAAUACUUACGGAGGCACUUUGUAGGCUGGUUAUCGUAGAAUAACAGUGAAACUUUUAUUGUUACCUGUGCCUAGGGACUUUGACCCACACCUACAGUAGUGGUGCAAUAAUGACUGUACCAGACAGCUGUAACAUGCAUGUAUGUUUUCUUUGGAAAUGCUUUUUCUGUGAGACUAACAGCGAAGGGAAAUCUGCAGGGAUACAUACUGUCCACUCUGUAAGUAAACGUAACUGGUUUCUAGUGCAAGACUUUCUGAAACAUUUGGGAACUUUUUUACAUAUUAAUAAAUGUCCUCCUUCACAGCUUUUAUGGGACUUCAAAAUAACUAAUGAACAGUUUUUUAAAAAUGCUGAUUUAAAUUCUCCCUGAGCGCCUUCCGUUACUCCUCAAAGUGCCUGCAACCACUGUUGGCAGUGGUUAUUCCAUUUCUUCUUGCCCCAAAUUUUUGUGGUAUCUUUCAUCAGAGUAAUACCUAUUUACAUAUUUUGUUACCAUACAGCAUUAAUAGGAACAAGUACUGAUGGGGCCAAUAAAAAUGUGGCCUAAGUAAUGCUGCUGUUGCUCUGUAUGAAAUUUAUGGAUAUAAAAGAUUGUGCUUUCACAUAUAUCACAUUGUCAAUUAUAAAUGAAAUCUUUGUUAUUUUUAAUAGUUUUUAAAAAUGGUUGGUAUAACUGUGUAACAGAGAUACAAGAUUUUGUUUUUAAAUAACAAACACAGCCAGAAGGCUUGUUUCAGAUUGAAUGACACAACUGUUUCAUUGUUUUACUGAAUAAUCAACAAAAAUCUAUGUUAUCAUCAUGAUAUUUGAUGAGGUGCACAUUCCACAUUAUCACUGUUAUAAAUAAUGGACUUUUAAUGUAUCUAACUGUGAUCCAGAAUUGAAAGUACAAAAUGUACUGCGUGAAAAGGAUGUUUUAAGUUUUAAAAGUCUAAUGUAAUGAAAUUUUAUUUAUUUAUUUAAUCUGUGUUCAAACAAGGUACUCACUGAAGAUGAUUUCAUGGCACAUUCUGUGUUCUUUAAGAAAGAAAUGUAAGGAAAUGUUUUAAUGUAUACAUUCCAUAAGCAUUUUAUUGUAUUAUUAUAAAUGUAGAGUUACAUUCCUUUAUUUUUAAUAAGUAGACAAUGACAGUAUAGCCUCCACCUCUUCCACUCUUCUUUCAUUCAGGUGCUUUCUGCUGUUUAUGGAACUGAGUGCAGCAAUAAAUAAUACAAAUUUGGAAUGAA